CGUUUUUUUGUUUGUUUCUUUUUUUAUGUUUUACAACUUUUUUUCAGCUGUGAGUAGCAGGAGCUUCCAUUCUCCAAAACUAUCAUCAGAACCCCUUCCUUACCUAGUUAGGACCUGAUAACCUGGCAUUCCUCAAACACCUGAAACUGGCAGCUAUUUCCUUUUUGUCUGUGUUUGGGGAGCUCUGUGACCACAGCUUAAGCACCACUCAGCCUUCUAGUCACCUAAGCCUAACUAAAGCCAGCCAGCUCUAGCCUGGUCCAGCCCAGUUCAGCCUGCUCCGAUCAUCUGGACAGGAUACUCAGUUCUGUGUGGACGUGAGGAAUAUGACUGCUGAGACUCUUAACUUCGGCCCAGAAUGGCUUCGUGCACUGUCCAGUGGGGGGAGUGUGACGUCUCCCCCUCCUUCCCCCGCCAUGCCAAAGUACAAGCUGGCCGAGUAUCGCUACGGCCGAGAGGAGAUGUUAGCACUUUAUAUCAAAGACAACAAGAUGGUGGUCCUCGCUCAGCGGGCUGGCGGGACCACAACGCUCCAGGCGAAAGUCGCCGGAGGAAGUUUGACUUUGACAUCCGGGACGCCGAAGGUCACGGUCCUGGCCGCCGGCGUGCGGGGAGCGACGGACUUGAGGACGACAGGGACGGCCUGCCCGAGUGGUGCACGGAUGAGGAGGACGGAGAGAUGGGAACCUUCGACUCCUCUGGAAUCUUCAUGCCUCUGAAGAGAGUAAAGAGGCCAUGUGUUCUUCAGUGGAGGACACGAUGAAACCAGCAUCACCCUUCUCUUCCUCUCCUCCCGCCCACGGUGCCCCUCCAUCACUGGAACCUGGGAACGGUGCUCAGCUGAUGGAGAACUCUCAUGUGAACAACAGCCAUUCUGUGAAGGCCAGCAGCUCGCCUGCAGAUGACUUGGCUCCCAUCGGGAUCUCCAAGGCCCAGUUGAGCCCCCCCACCCCCAGCGCUGCCGUCGUCUCCUCCUCCAGCCUACCUCCCCCACCCUCUUCCUCUGCUGCUCCUCUCCUCCCUCCUUCAGGAGGAGACACCGAGGACGAUGAAGGCAUGAAGCACCUACAGCAGGAGGCAGAGAAGAUGGUGGCGUCACUGCAGGACACCUCUUUGGAGGAGGAGUGUUUCACCCAGGCUCUGCAGCAGCAGGAGAGCAGGAAUACAGCUGCUGCUCUGCCUUUAACUCACGAGGCUGCCAUGAAGUGGUUCUACAAGGACCCGCAGGGCGAGAUCCAGGGCCCGUUCACCACGGUGGAGAUGUGCGAGUGGUUCCAGGCCGGCUACUUCACCAUGACCCUGCUGGUGAAGCGGGGCUGCGACGAGGGCUUUCAGCCCCUGGGGGACGUCAUCAAGAUGUGGGGCCGCGUGCCCUUCGCCCCGGGGCCCUCCCCUCCGCCCCUGCUGGUGAGACAGCUCCCACCAACGCAGCGCCCGCAGCCCAACCGGGGGCCCGCCGGGACUGGAAACCUGGACCAGGAGCGUCUGAAGAAGCAGCAGCAGGAGCUGGCGGCCGCAGCCCUUUAUCAGCAGCUCCAACAGCAGCAGCAGCAGCAGCAGCAGCUACUCCAGCUCAUUAACAGGUGCAGUGAGCAGGGUAUAAUGCCUUCGAUGAACAGGUCGAUGUCAGUGCCAGAUACAGGGUCCAUGUGGGACAUGCAUACCUCAGCUUCACAGUCGUCAGGCGGUGAAGCCAGUCUUUGGGACUUAACAAUGAAUCCUUCUACUCAGGGUCCAGCUCUUGAACUGCUUCAGAAGCAAAUCCAAGAGAGGCGUGACGCUGAACUCAGGGCGAAGCGGGAGGAGGAGGAGCGUAAGAGAAGGGAGGAGAAGAGGAGGCAGCAGCAGGAGGAGCAGAAAAGGAGGGAGGAGGAGGAGAUGUUCAGACGCAAGCAGUGUCGUCAGCAGGAACUGGUCAUGAAGCUGCUGCAGCAGGCCCCCCAGCAGCAGGGACCGGGGGCGAGCGGCUCCAGUUGGAGCAGCGCUUCAUCCUCGGGGCUACCAAAAGCAGGGAAGUCUCUGACUCUGCUGGAGCUGCAGAGAGCUCAGCAGCAGAGGCACUCUGGCAUGUCCAUGGGGAGCUCCUCCAUGGGCGGGCAGUGGUCGGAGAGCGUCGGCAUGUGGGGUGCUGGUUUGGAGGGUAAGGGCGGAAGCGGCGGCUCCUCCGGCAGCAUGGGGAUGUGGGACGAGGCCGUGAAGACCCAGGCCGGCCUUCGAGGGAGCAGCAACAACAACAUGGGCUUGAAGAACAGCCGCAGCAGCCCCUCCCUCAGUGAGCAGUACAUGAUGCGUCGUAAGAGGACCGAGGAAGAGGACAAGCUGCUGAAGAUGCUGCAGGGCAUGAAGCCUCAGGACGGCUUCACCACCUGGUGUGAACAGAUGCUGCACGCCCUCAACACCUCUGCCAACAACUCCUCCUCUCUGGAUGUUGCCACGAUCGUGGCUUACCUGAAGGAGGUGGAGUCUCCCUAUGCAGUGCUGGAUUUCAUCCGGUCCUACCUUGGGGACACUGUGGAAGCCAAAGAGUUCGCCAAACAGUUUCUUGAGCGACGUGCCAAACAGAAAGCCAACCAACAGAGGCAGCAGCAGCAGUUGUCAAAGGAGGUGGGUGGGUUGAACAUGAACUUCCCUCUGCAGGACUCGAUGCGAGGUAUGAAUCCGAGCUCUCUGCAGUCCAUGUUUCAGGCCAACCACAUGGGCAAAGCUGGUCUCUAUGACAACCAGGGGGGGAAGAUGAAGAAGAAACAGCCCAUGAUGCUGCACUCUGACCCCAGCAUCUUAG